AUGGAGACGGAUGCGCCAGCUGAGGUUACAAGUUACACCUGUCUCCAUGUGGUUGGUGAUUUGAUUGGGUUGCUUGAUGUUGUGGCUCCGAAUCAAGAUAAGGUUUUCGUUGUGGGGCAUGAUUGGGGUGCUUUGAUAUCUUGGAGUCCUAGUAGGAAAGUUAUUGCGACUUUGGAGGCUGUUUAUGGUGGUGAUUAUUACAUGUGCAGAUUCCAGGAGCCUGGAGAGAUAGAAGCUGAGUUUGCAGAGAUAGGUGCAGAGAGAGUUUCCAAGGAAUUCUUAACCUUCCGUACUCUGGGUCCUCUUUUUUCACCCAAAGGUAAAGGGUUUCAUGAAAAGCCUCUGGACACUCCAAUUGUAUUGCCCUCUUGGUUGUCUGAAGAAGAUGCAAGUACUACACCAGCAAAUUUGAGCAGAAAGGAUUUACUGGGGGAUUGA